GAUCUUCCCUCCUUCAAACAACGACCAUAAAGAAACCAACAACACAAAAAAAACACAAUGACCAAAGAAGUUUGCUCCAACAUUGGACUUUGGUUGUUAUUCACGUUACUUCUUACUAGUAAAUAUGUCGUCGAUCUCGAGGCCUCGCACCAUGUGUACAACAGACUUACCCAAAGCUCUAACAUCAAAUCUCCUUCCGUAAACCAGCCCUACCGGACCGGCUUCCAUUUUCAACCACCCAAGAAUUGGAUGAACGAUCCGAAUGGCCCGAUGAUAUACAAAGGAAUAUAUCAUCUUUUCUACCAAUGGAACCCCAAAGGCGCCGUGUGGGGUAACAUCGUGUGGGCUCAUUCCACAUCAACAGACUUAAUCAACUGGGACCCACAUCCUCCGGCUAUCUUCCCGUCUGAGCCGUUUGAUAUCAACGGAUGCUGGUCCGGUUCGGCUACCAUCCUCCCCGACGGCAAACCGGUUAUCCUCUAUACCGGAAUCGACCCCAAGAACCAACAGGUCCAAAACAUAGCCGAGCCUAAAGAUCUCUCCGAUCCAUACCUCGUGGAAUGGAAAAAGUCACCGUUGAAUCCUCUGAUGGCUCCCGACGCCGUCAACGGAAUCAACGCCAGCUCGUUCCGUGACCCAACCACCGCGUGGCUAGGGCACGACAAGAAAUGGAGAGUGAUCAUCGGAAGCAAAAUCCACCGCCGUGGACUAGCUAUCACUUACACGAGCAAAGACUUUCUAAAAUGGGAAAAAUCUCCCGAGCCGUUGCAUUAUGACGACGGAAGUGGAAUGUGGGAGUGUCCUGACUUUUUCCCCGUGACGAGGUUUGGCUCUAAAGGCGUGGAAACGUCGUCUUUUGGCGAACCUAAUGAGGUUUUAAAACACGUGUUGAAAAUAAGCUUGGAUGACACGAAACAUGAUUAUUACACGAUUGGUACGUACGACCGGGUUGGAGAUAAGUUCGUACCCGACAAGGGUUUCAAGAUGGACGGUACGGCUCCAAGAUAUGAUUACGGAAAGUACUAUGCUUCGAAAACGUUUUACGACUCGGCCAAGAACCGAAGAGUGUUGUGGGGUUGGACUAACGAGUCGUCAUCGGUUGAGGAUGAUGUUGAGAAAGGCUGGUCCGGUAUUCAGACGAUUCCAAGGAAAAUUUGGCUUGAUCGGUCCGGGAAACAACUGAUUCAAUGGCCGGUUAGGGAAUUAGAGAGAUUACGUAUGAAGCAAGUCAACUUACGUAACAAAGUUUUAAAUUCAAGAUCUAGACUUGAAGUCUAUGGUGUGACAGCUGCACAGGCGGAUGUGGAGGUUUUGUUCAAAGUGAGAAACUUGGAGAAAGCGGAUGUGAUAGAACCAAGUUGGACUGAUCCACAGUUGAUCUGUAGUAAGAUGAAUAUGUCGGUUAAGUCCGGUUUAGGUCCAUUCGGUUUAAUGGUUCUCGCAUCUAAGAACUUGGAAGAGUACACAUCCGUUUAUUUUAGAAUCUUCAAAGCCCGGCAAAACAGCAAUAAGUACGUUGUGGUCAUGUGCAGUGACCAGAGCAGAUCUUCAUUGGAAGAAGAUAAUGACAAAACAACUUAUGGAGCUUUUGUGGAUAUUAAUCCUCGCCAACCACUCUCCCUCAGAGCCUUGAUUGAUCAUUCAGUAGUGGAGAGUUUCGGUGGAAGAGGAAGAGCAUGCAUUACCUCCAGAGUGUAUCCAAAACUGGCAAUAGGAAAAAAUUCACAUCUCUUUGCUUUUAACUAUGGAUCUCAAAGUGUUGAUGUCUUAAGCUUAAGUGCUUGGAGCAUGAAGUCUGCCCAAAUCAGUUGAUCACGUAUGGCAAAUAUAGAUACAUUUAUUGAGCAUUUAUAUGAUAUGGUUCUGGAGAUCUUAUGUGGUCCAAUUUGUUUGGUUGUGGAAAAGAGUCCAACUUGUAUGUUGAAAUAAAUUUCAAGUUAUAUGACAUUUCAUUUGACUUCUCA